AUGUGGUCCCCACACACUUCUCUCGCGCUACAUCUACUACCCAGCAAAGCAAACACAGCAUCUUCCGCCUACACGGCCUCUAGGGUAUGCGGCCCCCAUACACUUCUCGCGCGCUACAUCUACUACCCAGCAAAGCAAACACAGGAUCAUCCGUGGCCUACACGGCCUCUAGGAUUAUGCGGCCCCCACACACUUCUCGUGCGCUACAUCUACUACCCAGCAAAGCAGACACAGGAUCUGAACAAUCUGAGCAGGGUACACUCGCAGAUGUCAACAGAUGCAAACUUGCACAGUGUGACAUCACGUACAAACCCACGGGGAAGAUCGACGGCUGAGAAGACCACAACUCCAGAUUUUGCGAAAGCACAACGUGGUCUUAAGCGACAAAGGCUGUCGUAUACCGCCAGGGAGUCACAGAGGAGGCGACCUACCGACCUGAAGCUACCAACCCCAGAGGAGACGCUGGGCUGGAAUGGAGGUUGUGGCGUGGAUAUCAACAUGGUCUACCUUGAGUAUACCCGGACGAAGCUCGAAGAACACUACAAGUGCUACAAGAAAAUGAAAGCGGACGAAGCUGUUGAUGACGAGGUAAUUUACCUCCACAAGAAGGACGGGUUCCACAAGAAACGUGGCUACAGUAUUUUUGUAUAUCUAAGUAUGGCCAUGACCGUCGUCAACGUAUUGGCGAAGCAAAUUGACAAGUAUGAAUGGCAGCAGUGCCAAUGCACCAAGUGCGCGUACUAUCGGUCGCCCGAGUGGCGCCAAACGAGACCUGAUGACAUUACGCCUGCCAUGCUACCUCCAAUGAGGUUUUAUCGCCGCGGAAGCAAAGGAGUGAGUCCCUCUGAAGAGAUUUACCGCAAACAGCGUGGACAGAAGUUAUAA